AUGAAACCAUAAUAAAAGAAAUAAUAAUAACAAUUACGGGAGAAAGGGUUUGAUACUUUUAUCUCAGGGGCUAACAAGGAUAGGGUUAAUUAGAAGAACAAAAACCAAUUGAAGUUGAAAACUAGGAGUGUUAAGAAAUGGAAUGAUGAAUAGAGUCAAUCCUAGAAGAUAGGCACUCUUGAUCAAGAUGAUUUAGAGGUCUUGAGGAAGUCAUUAGUGUAAGGUAUUGGGCAUCAUUAAUUCAGGUAAUGUGCUCAGCAAAUCUUAAUAGGAUUUGCUUGAAAAAUUGCAGAAAGACACACCCAUUGAUCAUAGAUAUGACCCUCAUUUUUCACAACUAUUGGAUAGUGAUAAUGAUGAAUUGGUAGAACAAUAAAUAUAAGAAGAAGAAGAAGUAAAUAAAAAUUUGAAUAACCAAGUUGUGUUAGUCUGAAGGUGAAGACUAUGAAGAAGAAGUCUAUAGGGAUGACUUUGAAAACACUAAACCUUAAAUCCAACCAGUUGUUUAAUAAUCAUAGCCUUAAAAAGUUAUACAAGUUGUCAAUUUACCUGCUACCAAACCUAGACCAAUCAGUGCCAUUUCAGAAUAAGCAUAAUCUUAAUAACAAUUACCUUAAUAAGUUAGAUAACCUUCCACUGAAAUUAAACCUCUCCCUUUGAAUAAACCAGAAAUCAAGUAAUAUGCAUCUAAACCUCAAUUGAGGGCUAAUUCUGUAACUAAACAAGAUGAUAUCAAAAAUGAUAAUCCUUCUUUCAAAAUUCCUUAAACCUCAUAAAGUUAAAAACCUUAAGAAAAGUAAAAGGAUCAACUUGAAGAGUUGUUUGAAAAAAUUGAAAAGCUUUCUAGUAAUGAGAAAUAAAAGCUCAUUUUAUUUUUGAAUAAAAAUACUAUUAAUUAGGAAGAUAAGACUGACAGAUCUGAAAUAUCAAAUGAAUAGAACUAGUAAAAACUAUCACUUGAAAUUCCUAUCAAAUAAUAAAAAUAAUAAAAAGAGUUAUAAAUUAUUGAAAAUAAACCCAAAGAGUAAAUUCAAUUACCUCUCCCUCAAUAAAUAUCCACUAACAAUUAACCAGCUCUAUAAAUUCCAUAAAUUGAAACUAAGAAAAGAAAUAAAAGCAUAAAUAACAUUAUUUAAAUGUAAUAAGAUUUUGUUAAAGAAGAAAAAGCAUAAAUAAUAUUGGAAAAAAAUACUGAUUUAUUGAUUGAUAAGAAUUCAUAGUUAAAAAUGAGAAUUCUCUCCACAUGGGGUAAUCCAAGUCUAGUAGGUCUUACUGAAAUAGAACUGUAUACUAUAGACGGUAAUAAAGUGUAACUUAAACCAUAUAAUAUUAAAAUGAGUAAUGCUUAAUCUCUCAAAUUACCAGAAAUCUUAAUCAAUGGGAAAUUCUUAACAAAAGAUGCUGUUAAUAUGUGGUUAGGAAGUAUGCCUGAUCCUCCAAAAACUAUUGAUAUUGAAAUCUCAUAUGAUGAUGAUGUUAUACUUGGAGGAAUCAAAGUUUAUAACUAUAAUAAAAGUUUGAUUGAUAGUGUUAAAGGAGUAAGAGAUAUGGAAAUAUUAUGUAGAUAAAAUGGAAAAGUCAUUUCUAAAAUUGUGGAAAUUAAAAAAGGUACUGGUUUUGAAAUUGAUGAUUAUGGAACUGAAAUUUAAAUUAUUGAUACUUUUAAAUUCUAAAAUUUGUAAAACACACAAUCUAAAUUUGCACAAAAACUCAGAGGUUAAAUUGAUCAAUCAGAUAUUAUUGAAAAAAAAUAAGAAAAAUUAGAAGAUUCUAAACCUCCUCCUUCAAGAAAAGGCAAAGGACCCAUAGUAGUAGAUGUAUUCAAAGGGGAACGAUUAGAUACUGGGAAAACUGAUAAAAAGAUUGAAUAAACAUAGUAAUAGAAUAAUAAUUAAUCAAAUCAAUAACAAAUUAUAGAACCCAGAAGAAGAAGAGAUAAUCCAUAACCAACAUAAGAUUAUCUUGAAGAAACUCUUCAAUAUUUUAAUAUAACAUAAUAAGGCAGAUUAAAACCUGUUUAAAGAUAAGAUAUUAUUGAAGAUCCUUCACCCUUACCAAAAUAUGAAGAAAUUGAUGCUUUAGACUUUUUCUUCAAAGGAUAAUAACGACCAAAUAAUAUUUAGUAAAAACCUCAAUUAUCAAAAUGGGAAACCCCUUCUUAAUAAUAGAUUCCUUCAUAAAUCAUCUAAUAACCAAAUAGAAAUAAUUAUCGGUAAUAAACAUAAGAAAAUGCAUAACUCAUUAAAGAAUUACUUAAUUAACCAUUAAUUAAUUAGGUUCCAAUAAAAAAGGCUAAGAAGUAAGUUUCUUUGCCUAAUCUUCCAUAAGUAAAAGUAAUUACAAUUCACAUACAUUCCACUUGGGGAGAUAAAUAUUAUGUCGGUUUAAAUGGAAUAGAAAUAUUUAAUGAAUAAGGAAAAUAAAUUGAGAUUUCAGAUCCUUACAACUAAGUCAAGGCUGAUCCUAGUGACAUUAAUGUGUUACCAGAAUAUUUCAAUGAUCCUAGAACACCAGAUAAAUUAGUUGAUGGUGUAUAUUAUACUUAAUCUGAUAUGCAUGUUUGGUUGAGUCCGUUUUAAAGAGGGAAAAUUAAUAAGAUUACAAUAGAUCUUAUUGAUAAGAAGAAAAUUAGUAUGAUUAGAAUAUGGAAUUAUAAUAAGAGCAGAAUCCAUAGUUUUAGAGGAGCCAAAGAUAUAAGUUUAUUUUUUGAUAAUCAAAUCGUAUUUAAAGGAGAUAUAAAGAAGGGUUUCGGAAACAUGAAUUUAUAAAGAGUUAUAAAUUAGAAUGAAUAACCUUUUGAGUUAUUUUUAUUCACAAGUGAUGAAAAUAUCAUUUAAUAAAUUGCUAAAAAUGAUUGGAUAAACACUUAGGAAUUUUAAACAAUAUAACAUGAUUAUUAAAAUGAAAGACCAAAUACAGGUAAUGCAGAUUUAGAAGUGAGACCAACAACAUCAGCCAAAGUGACUAGUCUUUAGAAUGAAAGUAAUAUAAAAUAAUAAUGAUUUAGUUAAAUAAGCUAGAUAAUAAGAGUAAAAUUAAUAGAGACAAGAAAAAUAAUAAAUAUAAAGAGCAUUAGUUAAUUAAAAUUCAAAUGGUAUAAUUUGUAGAUAUUUAUAAAUCAAAUUAUUAAGACCUUGGGCAGAUCAACCAUAUAUUGGAUUGACUGGAGUAGAUAUUUAUGGUAUUGAUUUAUUUAUCUAUUUAGGUAAGGAGGGAAAAAUAUAAGUAAAAAAUAUUAAAUCAGAUUACUAAAAUGAUGGAGACAAAGGUAAUAUAAUGAGUCUCAUAAAUGGUAUUAAUGUUACAACUAAUGAUAUGAAUAUGUAUAUUCUACCCUUUUAGCCUGGAAUGUGUGUCACUUUAACAUUUACAUUUGACAUCCCAUAAUUAAUUACUUCAAUUAGAAUUUGGAAUUAUAAUAAAUCUUAUGAAGAUACUUUUAGAGGUGCUAAAUUCAUCAGUUUAUAAAGUGAUUAAGGAAUUAUUUCUAAUUGUGUUGGAUUGAAAAGAGCUCCUGGUUGUGAAACCUAUGAUUAUGCUUAAACAAUAACGAUACCUUGUAAAGAAUAUAUAUUUGAAGAAACAAUUUAAGUAUAAAAAUAAUUAAGAUGUGAAUAUGAAAUCAAUAAUUUAAUGGUUGGAUAUGAAUUAAAGAUAUAAUUGAUAACUACUUUUGGCGAUAUCCAUUAUAUUGGAUUGAAUGGUUUAGAAAUUCUAGAUUAUAAAGGCAGAUAGGUUUAAGGUAAUAUAGGAGCAGAACCAUCAUCUGUUAGAAUUCUUUAAUCAAUGAGAGGAGAUAAAAGAGUAGUGGAAAAUCUCUUGGAUGGAAUUAAUGAAACUCAAAAUGAUACUCAUAUGUGGUUAGCUCCAUUCACUAAUAGAUGUUUUGAUCAUUCUUAAGAUCCUCAAAUUAAUACUCUCUAUUUUGGUUCAGAACAACCUUUUGCUCUAGGUUGUAUUAUCUUUUGGAAUUACACUAAAACUCCUACAAGAGGAGUACAUGAAAUAGCAAUUAGUCUUGACGAUUAUAUUAUUUAUAGAGUAUAAUUUAUAAUUUAUAUUUAAGGGGUAUCUAAGAUAAGCAGGCAAUGAUGGAAAUCAAACUGUUGUUCUUUUUUACAGAGACAUGUAGUUGAUGGAAAAAUUCAGUGGAAAAUAUUAUACUGAAUUUGGUCAAAAAUAAUCUGCUGGUUACAAAAAUGAAGAGAAAGUAUAAUUGAUUUUAUUCUAUUAUUUAGGGUACUAGGUAAGUUUAAACAUAUGCUCUUUUGGAAAGGCCAAUAACUAGAGUCAAAGGAAGUAAUUGAUUUUAAUAUAUUUUAUACAAAAUUUAUUAUAAUCAGUUAUGAAUAAGAGGCAGUAUCAGUAUUGUUUAAAAAUUAAUGGAACUUCAAAUGCUAAACAUAUUUAUCCAUAAUUAAUCAAUAGUGUAUCAAUAAUUAAACAAUGAACAGGCAUUGUACACUAAAUAUUCAUCAAAAAAGUCCAAAAAUUUUGAAGACUUUUUUGCUCAAAUACCAGCCAAGUGGAUAAUUGAAUUUAAAGAUUAUUUGCAUUUUCAAGAUGAUGAUGAAUACUUGAAAAGGUAUAUAUAUUUUUUCAUUAUAUAAAGAUACUAUCCAAGUAACCAAUAGCCCCAAAAAUUAAAAUCCUUGUUAGAUUACUAUAAAUAUCAUUAAAACCUGCCAAGAAUGUUUUUUGGAGUCUUAGCUGAAAUAGCUAUAUCAUUUUAUGAGAAGAAAAAGUAUAUAAAAUUGUUAAUAAAUAUUCAAUAGAAGAUUUGA